AUGUCGAUGGUCCAGAGUAAAUCAAAUCGUAAGAGAGUGCUUCUCAAAGUGAUUAUUUUGGGAGAUAGUGGUGUUGGGAAGACUUCUUUAAUGAACCAAUAUGUAAAUAGUAAAUUUUCGACUCAGUACAAGGCCACAAUUGGGGCAGAUUUUCUGACAAAAGACAUAAUAAUCGACAAUAAACUUGUGACUUUGCAGAUCUGGGAUACAGCUGGCCAAGAAAGAUUUCAAUCUUUAGGAGUAGCUUUUUAUAGAGGAGCGGAUUGUUGUGCAUUAGUUUAUGACAUGACAAAUCCAAAGUCCUUUGAAGGCCUGGAUGCUUGGAGAGAAGAGUUUUUAAUUCAAGCAACUCCAAAAGAUCCAAAUUCUUUUCCUUUUGUUGUGUUGGGGAAUAAGUUGGAUCUUGAUCAGAAAUCUAGAAAAGUUAGCUCCCAAAAAGCUUCAGCAUGGUGCAAAUCCAAAAACAUUGAAUAUUUUGAAACCUCUGCAAAAAACGCAACCAAUGUAGAUGCUGCAUUUGAGGAAAUUGGUCGCAGAGCACUUUAUAGAGAAACAUCUGAAGAUCAAGUUUACAUUCCAGAGCCAUUAACUCUUAAUAAUAAUAACCAACAACACCAAGAAAUCGGAUUUGGGGGUUGUUCUUGCUAG